AUGACGAGAGUGUAUCACCGUCUUCCCUAUCCGGCCCUGGAUUGGGAUGAACAUCUCCAGCAUGCAGGAGUUCUAGUUGGAAGGAAGCUGUGCAACAACAAUGUCAAGUAUGGUCAACGUGGCCUGGAAUGUGACGAAUGCAAAGCAUGGACCCACAACCAGUGUGCAGGAGUUGACAACGACACUUAUGACAAUCUAGUUGAGACGUCGUUCAGCUGGGUUUGCCCUUUAUGCGAAGCUAUCAACUCCUCAAACUCCUCUUCCUUAUCUGACGAGGAGGAAGCUGACGAAGACGACAACGGUGACAAGAAUGAUUGCGACCACGGCAAAGACAAGGAGAACAGAGACAAUAGAUCUUCAUCAAAAUUCAACUGGUCCAAGCUGAAGAAGCGGAACAAAUUUAGAUCACUGAAUAUCAACUUCCAAAGCAUUAUGAAUAAGCGUGCUGAAUGGGAAGCAAUGAUCCACGAAUUACAACCAGACUUCAUACACGGUACUGAAACCUGGUUGGAUCCAUCUAUCAACAGUGCCGAAUUUCUACCAGAGGGAUAUACAGCCCUGCGAAGAGAUAGGCUAUCAGACAGACAUGGUGGAGUAUUCUUUGCCUACAGAAAGGACCUCCCUGUAAAGCGUAGAAAAGAUCUAGAAACCAAUUGUGAGAUCAUGUGGUGCCAGCUUGAUAUUCAAGGAAAGCGCCCAAUACUAUUCGGGACGGUAUACAAACCAAAGCACGACGACACCGAAACUGUGGAUAAGUUAGCUGCUUCACUGGAGUUGAUAAACAACUGUGCCAAACUUAGAGACAUUGUGCUACAAGGUGACUUCAAUCAACCAAACAUCGAUUGGCUUACUAGUUCAACCGUACUCAACCACUCUGCAUCUAAAGAGUCAGCUGAUAAACUGCUACAAACCACGCAAGCAUACGGCUUGGAACAGAAGGUAAUGCAGCCAACAAGAUUGAACAAUACACUCGACUUGGUGUUGGUCAACAAUUCCUCCCUCAUUGACGAGGUCUUGGUCAUACCUGGUCUGAGUGAUCACCAUGCAGUUCUGACCGACCUAAACGUAGGGGUUAGGAAGAGCAAGACUCCUACUCGUAAGAUCUACAUCAGACAGAAGGCAAACGUCGAGAAAAUUAGACAGGAAAUGAGUGACUUUAGUGAUGCUUUCCUAGCAGCUUCAGAGAAAUCUGUCCAAGAGAAAUGGGACUUGUUUGAGAGUAAGAUCAAACUAGUCGUGAACGAGCAUGUUCCAUCAAAGUCCUCCAGUAACAGAAGAAAUCUCCCAUGGUUCGAAAGGAAGCACAGACGGCUCUGUAGGGAAAAACAGAAGCUGUACAACAAAGCCAAAAAAUCUGAGGAUAAUAAAGACUGGGAGAUCUACAGGACCUUCAGUCACUCUUUCAGAAGAGAACUUAACAGUGCUAAACGGAACUAA